AGCACUGUGCGAUGAAAUGAACUUUUGUGGAGAUAAGUGAUAUGAAAACUGCAUAAAUUGUUAACGUAAUACAUUUUGUUAUAUUAUUUUGACUAUUUGUGUGGUGUAUUUUAUUUGUCAUUAUUAUGUUUCAGCUGCCUAGACUACGGCAACAGAUGUCCUCUAAAGUAACUCAAGGAUUGCCCUUGACAUACUUUUAUCAUCUUGAGUAAGACAUAAACGUCCCUGUACGUAAAGGAUUUUGGUUUAUAUAAGAAAAAAAAUCGCAAAAAAAAGAUAACGCGUCCAAGCAAUAAGAAACGUUUACUAUUUGCUUAAUUUUGUAUUUUACCCGUUUUAAAUUUGACAAGUUAAAAUAAAACGAUUGUAUAGCAAUAAAAACUCAAGGACUUUUAUUUUGAAGUGGCAUGACUUUCUAUUAUGUCCAGCUUCACAGAAGCACUGCGAGUCUGUGCGAGAUGCACUUAACUUGUGUAGAGAUGACAAUGCCAGCACGCUUAAUCCGCAUGUCCCGUCUUCCUCUGUAUGUGUGCCGGGGUCAUCAUGCAGGACUCAUUUCACAAGCUCACGUGCAAAACAGCGGAGACCUGGGAAACGUGGGUCGACGGAUGCCCAUUACAGUCUCACGCACCCUGCAGAUUCAACUUGUGUCAUUCUGCUCUGACUUUGCAUCAAAGAAAUACAAUCUAAUUUAUGCUUUCCCGGCUAUCAAAGGUCUGCGAGCUCUUUCAAGACUCAAACUGAUGCAGACGGGCAUCACUGUCGUCUUACUGCCCUCUGUAUAUUACCUCUACCUGCAGGGACAGGCCUCAGGAAUGCUGAUGAGUUACACCACAGGCAUAGCAGUGUUUGCUGGCAUCAUGCUGUACUCCAUAAGCCACUAUGUCAGAAGAGUGGUUGGCAUGAUGUAUCUGGAUUCAUCGCAGACCGUCUUAAAGGUGUCCCACCUGAGCUUUUGGGGUCACAGACGGGACGUAUACAUGCCUGUGUCUGAUGUCCUGACCCUGGGAGAUUCAGGGGACACCAAAGGAGAACCGAUCCUUCGUUUAAAGCGCUACAGCAGUUCUGAUACGAUGUACUUCUCUACCAGACUGGGGCGGGUGGUGGACAAAAAUGCAUUUGAGAAGGUUUUUGGGAGUUUGUCAUGAAUUUAUGUGUGUUAUUUAAAGUCAUGUCAUACGCCAUUGGAUUUUGUUUUCUAAUCGAAAACUGACAAAUAAAGAUGUGUUAUUGAUUUUA